AUGCCACCGACGCCGGAUGAUCCACUGCAGUCGCCGCAGGAGUCGGACUCGGAGCCUGCCAUUUCGGUCCAUAAGAGAAGACUGGGAAAGUCGCCCUUGUCCUCGGUCUCUUCGCUGCCUUACCGCCGCUCGAAUGCCUCCCUGUCCAACCUGUUCGCUUCCACCUCUCUCCCGACUCAGCCCAAUUCUGGCUCGCCCAGCGCCUCAGGGACGGUGACACCUGUCGCGGGCACAGUCAAUGGCUCGAUAUUCUCGCCCACUGGGUCAACGGUAAGGUCGCCGUCUCCUACACCGCCUGGGCAGGUCAGCAGCAACCAUGUGAAGGAUCUCAUCCUGAGGGCCUUUGCGCCGCAUGUGUCUGUGCUGGCGUCGCAAGAUACCGAGGAACUUGUCAGGCACAAGGGUAUCAGUGGUGGCUUGCUCGAGCUGUUGAGGCCGUUUGGGGAGCAUGUGCCGGGGAAAGUCACCAUACGAGACAGCAUUGGGGUCAGCAGGUCGUGGGAUGACUUUGGCAUACGCUUUACGGGAGUGAAAGAUGGACUUGAGAGUCCGAGGGCUGCAGACAGAAAGAGCACGGAUUCAUCGAGCAACAGGGCGCAGCGGAUAUCUCUUCUCGAGUUCAAACCUGCGAGACUGAGGACAGGUGGAGAUGUGCCGCAGGUGGAAGAGCUGGUUGAGAGACAUCUCACAUUCGCAGAGGAGAAUUCUGGGCCUGUGGAUGACUACAUCAGCGCAAAGGACACUGGACUCGCAGAUCCAAAUGCUGUGUCUCCCUUCUACAGCCUGUACCUGCGACGCUUGCUCUCAGGCCUGCCGAUGGUUCCUUCGGAGACCCUCUCCCAUCCAGUGGCCGCUGUAAUCGCCAUCUCAUCGCGGUCGCCACAGCCAAUUGAGGAGCUGCGAAGUCUUUACGAUGCGUCGAAUUCUGGCGAGCAAAGACUACCACAGUGGGUGCAUAACGAGUUUCUACGCUACUAUGUCUUGAUACAUGACGAGGAUUACGACGACAUCACGAAGUCCAUGGCCCUAUACGAUCAAAUGAAGCGGCAUUUUGGCUUGCACUGCCAUCUUCUUCGGCUUCGAAGUACGCAGUGUGUGGCUUCUGACGAUGACAGCAUGAAGUUGCAGCAUUGCGAGUGGACAGCCGCGGCGGAAGAGCUGGCAGAGAUCAUUCGCCGCGAGACCAACGAGGAGGAAGAGGAUCCUUCACCGUACAUUUUCGAAUCCGAUGCGACCGCAAUUCGGGCCUUCGUACGCGAGAUGGUCACGCAGUCUAUAAUACCGGCCAUGGAGCGGGCUUCUGCAACGUGGAACGACCAGGUUGCUUCAAGGCGGCGUGGGCUGAGUGGAAGAUUCAUGUCACUAUCGAAACGCUUCACCGGAUUCGGGAACCGCAACUCGUCUGGCCCAUCUCUUGGUGGAGCGAGCAGCAACUACGACAGUCUGCAAGGAUUCUACAGACCGGACACUCCAGAAGCCAUCAUGCGGAAGUUAGGUGACUACGCAAUUAUGCUCCGAGACUUCAAGCUGGCGCAUGCAACUUUCGAAAUACUUUGUCAAGACUUCAAAAACGACAAAGCUUGGCGACACUAUGCGGGUGCGAAUGAAAUGGCUGCUAUGAGCUUAUUGAUAGCCACUGGCUCGAAUCACAAGAUCCGCAUCGAAGGGAUUGAUCAGUACCUUGAGACAGCCUACUACACGUACGUGACGAGAGUAGGAGCACCAUACAACGCUUUGCGAACACUGGUGCUUGGAGUGGAACUUCUCAAGAUGCGCGGAGGCAACGCAUUGGACGAUGCAGCACGGUGGUCGAGCCGGGUUCUUGACGAUAGACUCGUAGGCCCGGUGGGUCACGUCCUGCUCAUGGAACGCAUCGGUGCAUGUUUCAACGAGCGUAGGAAGAUUGGUGGACUCGAAGGCAUCGAUCGACACCGCAAAGCUGGGUUCUGGAACAUGCUUGCUGCGGAUGCCUGGCUACGUCUGGAGAAGGCUUCGCAAGCGGAGAAGUGUCUGUCUGAGGCCAUGCGUCUUUACGACACGAGUGAAACUGAAAGUAAAGUCGAGUUCGACGGCAUGGCCAACUUUUUGUUCACACUCCAGCAAGCCGUUGCAGAGAAUCGCGGCGGUGUGCACCAUAUCGAUGGCGAAGAUUUGCUCGGAGAUGAGGUUGUUGAGCCGAUGCAAGAACCCAGCGAACAGCUUGCGAAGCCUCUGCCUUCUGCCUUUGGUCACGGCCACAGAAAAAGCUUGAGCACGUCCGCGCCGCCUCCUGUGCAGACUGCUGCUCUUGACCCCCUUGGUGCCCUUCCCACGGCAUAUGAAGGGAAGGGUGCAGUACCACUCAGCCCGCACGCCCCCGAUGCGCCUCCCAUGAGUCCCAACACGGACAGAAGGGAGAGAAGAGACGACGGAUUCGAGUGA